GGUGUGACACUCGGUCCUGUGAGCUGGAGAAAGUUGCGUGUCGCUUGUUGAAUGCAGGAUUUCUACAGCCCGUGCGCUCAUUCCAACUUCAGCUUUGGAGCCGCAGCCAAGGAGCGGACACUCCAGCUUCUCAACUCUCUCACCGCCGACAUGAAGUCUGCAGAAGAAGAUGCAUACAGCUACACACCAAACGUGAGCCUGUCCCUUCCGCUCGGUAUGGGCAACCCCUGCCUGGCCACGCAGUACCACACCUUGCAGUCAAGCCCGGUCAUCUCGGUCUCGUCUUGCCAUCAGACGAGCUACGGCUUCCAAAAUGACAACCACGCGGCAUCGGGCUAUUACCUGCCACACGGCGUGAGACCCAACGGGGCCCCGGCUCUGGAAAGUCCUCGCAUCGAGAUCACGGCGUACAGCCAGUACCCAGAAGACGAGGAGAACAGCAGCACGGAGGACCACGUCAUCAAACGAGGCGUCAACUCCAUCGUCACGCUCACGCUGCCCAACGCAGACGGCUACCGCGAUCCCAGCUGCCUCAGUCCCGCCAGCAGCAUCUCCUCGCGCAGCUGCAACUCCGAGGCCUCGUCCUACGAGUCCGGCUUUUACAACUACGACAACUCCCCGCAGAACUCCCCCUGGCAGUCACCUUGUGUGUCUCCCCGAGGGUCGUCUUCGCUUCUGUCGUGCCCACACGCCAGUGGCCCCGCAGGCUCCCCUCGCCACUCGCCCUCCACCUCCCCUCAGAUAGGAGCCAUGGCAGAAGAAGCCUGGCCGGCGCAGCCUCGUGGCUCCAGGCCCAACUCCCCGUCCUGCAGCGGAGGCAACGGAGGAGGCAGCUGCGGCGGCGGCGGUGGCGGUGGCGGCGGCAUGGGGAAGAGAAAGUACAGUUUUAACGGCACUAACUUCCGUCAGACGUCGCCCAACCAGUCGCCGACCCCGUCUCCACAUGGCUCCCCCAGGGUCAGCGUCACCGAUGAGAACUGGCUCGUCAACACCAACCAGUACACCAACUCCGCCAUUGUGGCCGCCAUCAAUGCUCUGACCACAGACGGAGUGGUAGACAUGGGCGAGGGAAUCCCAAUCAAGACCAGGAAGACCAUGCUGGACCACUCCCCCUCCAUGAGUCUGAAGAUGGAGCCUGGUGGCGAGGAGCUGAGUCCGGAAGGAGAGCUCUGCCACGAGGACUACCCAUCCCGAAUGGCCCUCAAGAAGGAGAACUACUGUGGAGGAUUCCUGGAUGUGCCCCAGCAUCCGUACUCCUGGUCCAAACCCAAGCCUUACCUCAGCCCUUCCCUGCCAGCGCUCGACUGGCAGCUUCCGUCCUGCUCUGGACCGUACAACCUCCAGAUCGAGGUGCAGCCAAAGUCCCACCACAGGGCCCAUUACGAGACCGAGGGCAGCCGCGGAGCCGUCAAGGCGCUGUCCGGAGGACACCCCGUCGUGCAGCUUUAUGGCUACAUGGAGAGCGAGCCGCUCACCCUGCAGCUGUUCAUCGGGACCGCAGACGACCGCCUCCUGCGCCCGCAUGCCUUCUACCAGGUCCACCGCAUCACCGGCAAGACCGUCUCCACCGCCAGCCAUGAAGUCAUGCAAUCCAACACCAAAAUCCUGGAGAUCCCUCUGCUGCCUGAAAACAACAUGAGAGCCAUAAUCGAUUGCGCAGGAAUCCUGAAGCUGCGCAACUCAGACAUCGAGCUUCGCAAAGGAGAGACGGACAUCGGGCGCAAAAACACCCGGGUCAGGCUGGUGUUCCGGGUCCACAUCAACCAACCCAACGGCCGGACGCUGUCCCUGCAGGCCGCGUCCAACCCCAUCGAGUGCUCCCAGCGCUCGGCUCAAGAGCUUCCCUUGGUGGAGAAGCAGAGUGUGGACAGCUACCCCGCCACCGGAGGCAAGAUGAUGCUCCUGUCCGGCCUCAACUUUCUCCCCGAGUCCAAGGUGGUGUUCGUGGAGAAGGCCCAGGAUGGCCAUCAUCUGUGGGAGACGGAAGCCAAAGUUGACAAGGACUCCGUCAAAUCUAGCGCCCUUGUCGUGGAGAUCCCUCCCUACAGAAACCAGAGAAUAUCCAGCCCGGUGCACGUCAACUUCUACGUCUGCAACGGCAAGAGGAAGAGGAGCCAGUACCAGCGCUUCACCUACCUGCCUCCCAACGUGCCGAUAAUAAAGACAGAACCCAAUGAUGAAUAUGAUUCUCUGGGGACUGUGGGGCUGUCCAUGCACUCAAAGCCCUACUACAGCCAGCCCAGGCUCACUCCCAUCAUGCCCGUGGCCGAUCCUGAUGCCUGCCUGGUGGGUGUCUAUCCUCCCUGUGCACCGCGCCACGCCGCCAUGCCGUCGUCAUCGCCCAGCUCCAGCCCCACCCUGCACGACCUGUCCCCAGUGGCAUACAGCAAGUGCCUCCCCAACAGCCCGAAUCAGGCGGCGCCGACGGGACCCGGGGUGCCCCUCGUUCAGGAAAGCCCCGGCCGCCCCAACCUUACCCAGACACCGUCGCCGGACCACAGCGCCUCCCUAGGGAUGUUUCACUCCCAGGGCAGCCCCAGUCACCUCAACAGCCCCGGACCACACGGAUACCAUCCAAUCUAUGCCAACAGCAGCCCGUCGUCCUCUCCGGUGUCCCACCCGUCCACUCCCGGCGGGCCUGCAGAAAGCCCGUUUGUUCCGGUCUACAGCCCCGGUCAGGCACAAGCAGCAGCCAGUUCAGCCCAGGCUGGAGGGAGCUCACCUAGUCUACUACCCGAGGAGGCCAGCCCGCCUUCAAUGGCCGUCACGGUCAAGCAGGAGCCCCAAGAGCUGGACCAGAUGUACCUAGAUGACGUUAACGAGAUCAUCAGGAACGACCUCUCCAGCAUCUCGGUGCACACCCAUGCAUAGACAUUCAGAUGUCUUCUACAGCAGCACACACUCACCUAAACACACCCAACACGCACACACAUAUGAGCACACACAUACAGGAGCCAAGGAGAAGAGGACGGCAAAAGCCGGAGAUCCAGAUAAUGAAGAAUGAAGUUUUUGACCAGGAUCUCCAACUCCAUCACCGUUGUCAUCCUCUUCUCUCCAAGACUCGCUGCAGACUCACACUGACAAUCACUGGCAAGCUCCGUUUCAAUAAAUGUGUUGUAUUUACAAGAGAUUUAAAACAAGACAAAAAAAAAAAGAAAAAAAAAAAAGGGAAGUGCUAUCAGGGGCAACGUAUACAACUACAC